AUGUAUUCUUCUUAUGCAGAUCCAGUUCAUGUACCAUCUCCUGAUUCUAGAGCAUCAGCUGUUGGAACUAUCAGACGCGAAGUUAGGGGUGUAGGUUCUGGUGGAAAACCUUCUGAAAACGUUGCUAAAGAUCCCCCUGCAGCUGGAUCUUUGGCGGAACGCGAAGUUAGGGGUGUAGGUUCUGGUGGAAAACCUUCUGAAAACGUUGCUAAAGAUCCCCCUGCAGCUGGAUCUUUGGCGGAGUCUGCAAUUACAAAAGAUGUUCCAAAAGCUUAUAGACCAUUUUCCCCAAUUUCCAAGAUUGAUCAAGCGGGUGGUCAUCCAAGAGGAGUUCCUCAGAAUAAACAGUGGAAGCCUAAAUCUAAUCAGAAAUCUAAUAACCCUGGAGUCAUUGGAACUCCUAAAAAGUCUCGUGCUCCUGCAACUGAUAAUUCCGUAAACUUGGAAUCAGAAAUCGAGAAGCCGCAGGAUACGGUUUUGCAUGUUAGCAUCAGCGAAAGUCAGAAUGUAAUCAUUGCAGAUGAUAUUCGUGUCCCAAAGACUGAUCGCUAUCAGCUAUCUUUUGGUAGCUUUGUCAUGGAUUUUGAUCCUUCAGUAAAUACAGAAUCUGGGUUUGAGGAAGCAUGCUCUUCGCAAGAACUUAAGCGCGUUGAUAUUGUUGACAGUUUGCCAACUCCGCCCAUGCAAGGAUACACUGGUAAUCCAGCAGCACAGUACGCUCACCCUUCAAAUGGCAAUAGCUAUGUGCUGAUGCCUGGAGGCAGUUCUCAUCCCGGUGCUAAUGGCCUCAACGGGUGCAACCAUUUGGUUAACACAUACUUUGCUCUCUUCCAUGGCAGCAUGCCAGCAUCUAAACUGAAGCCUUUUCUUUGCAGCUUUAGACAAAACAACCACAAUCCUCUUCAGCCAAUCCACCUUUCCCACAAAAACAUAGGAAAGUGUCAGUGA